AUGGCCCAGGCUAAAGUGAGCCAAAUUCUCUCUAAAAGGGCACAGGAGGUGAGCAAUGUGACGGCUACCAACCCUAUGUGGGACAUUUUCAGCAACCUUUGGUCCCCGUCGACCAACCCGGGAGGAUACGUCAAUGUGGGAGUCGCAGAGAAUGGCCUCAUGCACGACGAGCUUCUCAAAUACAUCAACACUAAGCUUGAGCUGCCAGCCAAAUACCUCACCUACAACGAUGGAGGGGGUGGGUCAAACAGACUCAGAAGCUCCAUGUGCCAGUUUCUCAACCACCACUUGCACCCAUUCACGCCUCUAAAACCAGAGCAACUGGUCAUUACGAAUGGGGUCUCUUCGGCAAUUGAACACGUCUCAUGGGCAUUCGCAGACCCCGGCGAAGGGAUUUUGCUCGGUCGGCCCUACUAUGGCACCUUUAUCAUGGACCUCUCGCAACGCUUCCAAUCAAAGGUAGUCACAGUCAACUUCGAUGGCGUCGAUCCCCUUGGUCCCGAAGCCGUGGGAAAAUAUGAGAAGGCUUUAAUAGAAUUCCAAGAAAAGACAGGCAAAAAGGUUAAAGCCUUGAUGCUAUGUCACCCGCACAAUCCACUCGGACGCUGCUAUCCGCGCGACGUGAUCAUCGAAUUGAUGAAACUGUGUCAGAAAUACCAGAUUCAUUUGAUCAGCGACGAAAUUUACGCUCUAUCAGUAUGGGAAAACACGAUCGAUCAACAUCCUCCCCCAGUUCAGUUUGAAUCUGCGCUGUCAAUCGACACGAGCGGAAUUAUUGACCCACGUCUUGUGCAUGCCCUUUGGGGCAUGAGCAAAGAUUUUGGCGCGAAUGGAAUUCGCUUGGGCGUCAUCAUCUCCCAACAUAAUGUUGAAUUCCAAAAUGCAAUGAAGGGCAUAUCUCUAUAUUCUUACCCGUCGGGCAUUUCGGAUCAUCUGACGGCGCUUAUACUGGAAGAUUCGAAGUUCACGGAACCAUAUAUUGAGCAGAAUCGGAGGAAAUUGUCAGAAUGUUACGCAUUUACUGCGCACUACGUGAAACGUCAUGGUAUUGAGUAUGCGCCGGGGUGCAAUGCUGCAUUCUUCCUUUGGGUGAAUCUGGGCAAGAAGUAUCGCGAGUUGCACCCUGACAUGUCUGAAAAUGAGGAUAUUGGAGAGAAGGUCAUGCAGCAAUUGUUGAAACAAAGGGUUUUCCUGGCUAAUGGUGCUCUCUUUGGAUCAGAGACGAGUGGCUGGUUUAGGAUUGUGUUCUCACACCCAAGAGAUUACUUGGAGGAAGCUCUGAAGAGGAUCGUCAUUGCCCUGGAAGAGUGA